AUGGCCCUAAACCAGCACAAUGCAAAGUGCUCCAUGUGUUCAAAGUGCCAAACCCUAACUGGCACGACUUUGGUUAUCUGUCUGAAAGCCUGGUGGCGGGGCAUCACGAGUGGGGGAGGGGCGAUAGCAGCAGUGGGCGGGGCGUACGCUGGAACGGAGUGCCCCGAAGAGUCCUGUCACAAUGCAGCCGUAACACUACUCACUUUUUCUCACUUUACAACUGCUUUUAGAAGAAAAAACAACGUAAAAACAUCUGCACAGUUGUGGUGGGCGUGGAGCAGCGAGUGCGCAGCCAUGGACACCACCACCUCCCUAAAGAUGACCUCGCUGGCCGUGCAGAGCCUGUUCGGAUACGUGGAGGAGGAGAAUCUACCGGCCAUCAGAGCGCACCUGGACAAGUUCAGAGACGUGGACAGCAGGAGCGAUAAUGGACAGACUCCUCUGAUGGUGGCUGCAGAGCAAGGAAACCUGGACAUAGUUCAGGAGCUCAUUCGAAGAGGAGCCAAUGUGAACCUGGAUGAUAUUGACAGCUGGACAUCACUCAUCUGUGCGGCGAAAGAAGGACACUUCGAGGUGGUCCAGGAGCUGCUGGAGAAUGGGGCCAAUCUAGAACACCGUGAUAUGGGAGGCUGGACGGCGCUCAUGUGGGCUGCCUAUAAAGGCCGGACCGAAGUGGCUCGGCAACUUAUGGAAAAGGGGGCCAACCCUAACAUCACUGGGCAGUACAGUGUCUAUCCAAUCAUUUGGGCAGCCGGGCGGGGUCAUGCAGAGAUUGUCCAUCUCCUGCUGCAGCAUUCAGCCAAAGUCAACUGCUCAGAUAAGUACGGUACCACCCCUCUGAUCUGGGCUGCCAGAAAAGGCCAUUAUGAAAGUGUCAUGCAUCUUCUAGCAAAUGGAGCUGACGUGGAUCAAGAAGGAGCGAACUCCAUGACAGCGCUCAUCGUAGCAGUGAAGGGGGGAUACACAGAGGUUGUUAAGGAGCUGCUGAAGAGAAAUCCCAAUGUCAAUAUGACCGACAAAGAUGGAAACACUGCCCUGGCCAUUGCAGCUAAAGAGGGACAUACAGAAAUAGUGCAGGACCUGCUGGACGCUGGGACCUACGUCAACAUCCCAGACCGGAGCGGUGAGACAAUGUUAAUUGGUGCCGUUCGAGGAGGUCAUGUGGAGAUUGUGAGAGCUCUUCUGAACAAAUACGCUGAUAUUGACGUCAGGGGCACGGAUGGAAAGACGGCCCUCUAUUGGGCUGUGGAGAAAGGCAACGCUACCAUGGUUCGAGACAUCUUACAGUGUAAUCCUGAUACCGAGAGCUGCACCAAGGACGGUGAGACGCCACUUAUUAAAGCGACAAAAAUGCGCAAUAUUGAGAUAGUGGAGCUGCUGCUAGAUAAAGGAGCCAAAGUUUCUGCCAUAGACAAGAAAGGAGACACCCCCCUUCAUAUCGCCAUCAGGGGGCGCAGUCGGAAACUGGCUGAAUUACUGUUGAGGAACCCCAAAGAUGGCCGCCUGCUGUACCGUCCUAAUAAAGCCGGAGAAACUCCAUACAACAUUGACUGCACACACCAAAAGAGUAUCCUCACACAGAUCUUUGGAGCGAAGCACCUUUCUCCGACCGAGUCUGACGGAGACAUGCUGGGCUAUGACCUGUACAGCAGUGCUCUGGCCGACAUCCUCAGCGAGCCCACCAUGCAGCCCCCCAUCUGCGUGGGACUCUACGCACAGUGGGGCAGCGGCAAGUCUUUCCUGCUCAAGAAGCUGGAAGAUGAGAUGAAGACCUUUGCUGGGCAGCAGAUCGAGCCGCUCUUCCAGUUCUCGUGGCUGGUGGUCUUCCUCACACUGCUACUCUGUGGUUCAGUGGCUAUUGUCUUGGGUUUCACUGUGGAUCCUAAGCUGGCCAUAGCAGUCUCCCUCAGCCUCCUGGCCCUGCUUUAUAUUUUCUUUGUGCUGGUGUAUUUCGGGAGUCGGCGGGAGAGGGAGAGUUGGAACUGGGCCUGGGUCCUCAGCACCCGACUGGCCCGACAUGUGGGAUACAUGGAGCUGCUGCUGAAGCUGAUGUUUGUGAACCCACCAGAGCUGCCAGAGCAGACCACUCGUGCUCUGCCUGUUCGAUUCUUAUUCACAGAUUAUAACCGCCUGUCCAGUGUGGGCGGGGAGACGUCAAUGGCGGAGAUGAUUGCCACCCUCUCAGACGCUUGUGAGAGAGAGUUUGGCUUCAUGGCAACCAGACUUUUCAGGGUUUUUAAGAAUGAUGAAAUUCAAGGACAAAAGUGGAAAAAGACUUGCUGCGUUCCAUCAUUUGUCCUGUUUGCCAUUACGUUUGGAUGCCUCAUCACUGGAGUGGCCUUGUUAGCCAUAUUUAAAGUGGACCCUGAGAACCUGACUGUGAAUGCGGUCUUGAUCGCCAUGGCCAGCGUUGUGGGCCUGGCCUUGCUGCUGAACUGCAGAACGUGGUGGCAGGUCGGUGACUCUGUCCUCAACUCCCAGAGGAAACGUCUGCACAGUGCUGCCAACAACCUGCACAAGCUCAAGAGCGAAGGAUUUAUGAAGGUCCUAAAGCAGGAGGUGGAGUUGAUGUCCAAAAUGGCUAAGACCAUAGAUGGCUUCACACAGAACCAAACCCGCAUGGCUGUCAUUAUUGAUGGACUGGACGCGUGCGAGCAAGACAAAGUGCUGCAGAUGCUGGACACGGUGCGAGUGCUAUUUUCCAAAGGUCCUUUUAUCUCAAUUUUUGCCAGUGACCCUCACAUCAUCAUCAAAGCCAUCAAUCAAAAUCUCAACAGCGUGCUAAGAGACUCCAACAUCAACGGGCACGAUUACAUGAGAAACAUUGUCCACCUGCCGGUCUUCCUCAACAGCAGAGGUCUGAGCACAGCCAAGAAGCUCUGUAUGACCACGCCCACCACCCUGGAGGGAGGGGCCACCGAGGGAUGGCCUGAAGAUGUGGAUAGAAAAUGUUCCCUUAACAACUUGGGCCAAGACCAGUCCAAGUUAGGAAGCAGAAAUGCCUUAAACCGCAGGGACACGUACAGGAGGCGCCACAUGAAGAGGACCAUCACCAGACAGAUGUCCUUUGACCUGACCAAGCUGCUUGUGACAGAGGACUGGUUCAGUGACAUCAGUCCACAGACCAUGAGGAGGCUACUCAACAUAGUCUCUAUCACAGGUCGCUUACUACGGGCCAAUCAGAUCCUCUUCAACUGGGACCGCUUGGCCUUGUGGAUCAACCUGACUGAAGAGUGGCCCUAUCGCACGUCCUGGAUCAUCCUGUUCCUUGAGGAGACUGAGGGCAUAUCAGACCAGGUCACUCUCAAGACCAUCUACGAGAGGAUUUCUAAGAGCAUUCCGACCACAAAGGAUGUGGAGCCUCUUCUGGAGAUCGAUGGAGACAUUCGGAGCUUUGAGGUGUUUCUGUCCUCCAGACAGCCCUCGCUCAGCGCCCGAGACGUGGAGAUGUUUCUGCCUUGUACAGUGAACCUGGACCCAAAGCUCAGGGAGAUCAUCGCAGAUGUGCGUGCAGCCCGGGAGCAGAUGCACAUCGGAGGCGUGACCUAUCCCACCAUGCCCCUGCAGGAGGCAGCAAGCCGGGGCCCUCUAGGGUACGGACAGCACACAGCCACCUGCUCCCCAAGUGGGUCGUAUGCCGGGUCUCUGCCGCCUCUCCCCCCUCAGCCUCACAGCGCCUACUUCAGUGGAAUGACCGGUCCUCAGCACCCCUUCUACAACAGGCCUUAUUUUCCCCAACCUGUGUAUCACCCGCCCCGGCAUUACUCGCACCACCCCCCCUACUCGCGCCCCUCCCAUAAAGCAGCUCAACCUAAGGACACCAGCAAUGACCUCCAUUUAAAGUUGCAGCCGCACAAAGCAAAGAAGGUGUCUCCCGGAGUUCCUCUCAGCUCUUUGAAUACAGAGGCGGUCUGUGAGCGCAUCAAAGUCAUCGAUGGAAUAGAUCAGAAAAUGCUGUCUCGCUACACUGCCACCAUCAAGAAGGCUAAUAUCAACGGGCGCGUCCUUAUGCACUGUAACCUGGACGAGCUGAAGAAGGAGAUGGAGAUGAACUUCGGCGACUGGCAGCUCUUCAGGGGGAUGGUGGUGGAGCAGAGACUCUCAGAGAGCCAGGCCCUGCUGCAGGAGGAGUCCCGGGCCCCCAGUGAGCAGGGCAGUGUGCUGCUGCACCCUGCGACCCGGGACCUUAGGGAGGCCCAGGCCUUUAGUCUGAACCUGAGCUUUGAGGAGCUGACCGCAACGGGUCUGGACGAGGCCCCUCGCCACAGCAACGGCUACAGCUACAGCGGCUCCAACUGGCCGGUUACAAAUUACCGCACUACAAGCAUGUCCAGCCUCGGCUCGCAGGAAUCCUCUGUGGACUUCUGCAAACUGAGCGAUCGGCAGCAGACCAAGUACAAUGACGCCUACAGAGAGUACAUCUCUCAGGUGGGACAGCUGGAGGGGGCUGGGGCAGAGUGCACUGAAGACCAAACUGCCAAGGAAGUCUGUGAGCACGACAGCCGCCCUAAGUCCUUCUCUAAGCCGGGCUGCAAAGGAGGCGACCCUGCCGACUUCUCUGGGAACGACAUCCAGCAGCUGGACCCCAUCAGCGAGGAGGACGAGAAGCUGGACCACAGCACUUCCUCCAGGCUGAAAGGAGACUUGUACCAAAAGCUGCCCAGCGAUGAGGACUCUGGCCCGGAGGAGGACAACACCACGCCCCUGCUGCACAAGGAGAAGGAGUCUGCGGCGCACAGAGCCUCCGGAGCGCUCAACAAACCCAGCUUUCUCUCCGACAUCCUGCUCGACAAGAAGGACUCAUCUGACUCCGGGAUGCGCUCUAGCGACAGUUCUUCUGACCGUUCUCUGGAGGAGGUGGACGCUCCUAAAGCCAACCUGCUGGAGCUGGAGGGGCUGGUGAAGAGGGCUCCGAGCGGGCUGCCCGAGAGCACGCUGGCCCGCAUGUCCAUCUGCUCCGAGGCUGCGUCCGAGGCCAGCCUGAUGGCCAGCAGCCCCGACGGCGACUGGCCCUCCGACUCCAUCUCCAACCUCAACGACAACCACGCACCACCCACCAACACCAACGCCAACAGCACAGACACGCCCACUAUUCUCAUCGCCCCUGGCAACGCCUCCACUACCACUACCAUCGCUAGCAUCCACCACAACCGCAACCUGCAGUCCAUCAGUCUGGGGGACGAGCGAGAGAGUGUGCUGUGA